GGCCCUCCCGUUUCCUGGAGAGUCACUCCUUUGCUCUUCGCCUGGAAUUAGACAUCACCGAGAGCUUCUCCUCCCUAACUCCUUACACGGCCUUGCUCGUCUGGAGAGGAGCUCUUGGCCCCGACCUGGCCGUGACGAGCCAUGGACCAGUACGGCCUUGGGGACGAGGGUGCCCUUACCCCAGACACACACCUCCCUUCGUUUUCUGAGAGCCAGGGACUCAACUGCAGUGACACCCUCGACCAGGACCUGGGUCCCAGCACACGAGACCUGCUCUAUGCCGGCCUGAGUGGUCUGGACCUGGACCCCAGCCUCCCAGCCCCUGACAUGCCCAGCGAGGUGCUGGAGGACACCUUGGACAGCCUGUCCCUGUACUCGGGGAAGGACAGUGACUCCGUGAAGCUGCUGGAGGAGUGUGCAGAUCCAGAACCGCACGCCGCCCUGCGAGACCUGGGGCUCGGUGCUCUCAAGGUGCCUAAAGAAGCGGACGAAGGAGGCAGGGCCACGUCGGGGAGCGUGAGGAGGGGCCGGCGGCAGCACGCGUCCCCUCAGAACCCGCUGCUGGACUGCGGCCUGUGCGGGAAGGUGUUCAGCAGCGCCAGCUCGCUCAGCAAGCACUACCUGACGCACAGCCAGGAGAGGAGACACGUCUGCAAGAUCUGCAGCAAGGCCUUUAAGCGCCAGGACCACCUGACGGGGCACAUGCUCACGCACCAGAAGACCAAGCCGUUCGUGUGCGUCGAGCAGGGCUGCAGCAAGAGCUACUGUGACUACCGCUCGCUGCGGCGCCACUACGAGGUCCAGCACGGCCUGUGCAUCCUGAAGGAGGCCCCCCCGGAGGAGGAGGCCUGCAGAGGGUCACCUCACGCCCGCGAGGCCACCAGCCGGCCCUCUGCGCCCCCGGAGGCCCGGUCCCCCGGCCCCCUGCUGCCCAGCCGGGACCUCCUGCGCUGCAUCGUGAGCAGCAUCGUCUGCCGCGGGGCCCCCUCUGCCGGCCCAGACGGCGGGGAGGACAGGAGCGCGGCCUGUCCCUGCGCACCCGCCGGCAUGCCAGGGGCUCCCGAGAGCCUGGGCCCCGACGUGUCCGAGGAGCCUCGUGCCCCACGGAAGGAGCCCGCUGCCGCCCUGUUCACGGCUGUGCACCUGAGAGCCGUGGAGAACGGGGGCCCCGAGCUGGCCGAGCUGGAGCCACCUGUGUGCCAGCGCCCAGCCGCCCUGGAGGGCUGGCCCGAGGGUGGCCCGCUGCCCGCCCGCCUGCCCCCGCUCCGAGGCCAGGUGGUCCCCGGCGGCCCCCAGCCGUCCGGCCAUACCUCCCAGUGGCUGCGGAGCUUGCCCAGUGGCCCCGUGAACAGGGGGAGCAGCGCAUUCGUCACCCACAAGCUGCCUCUGGGGCCGUCCCGGGAGGGCUGCGAGACCAGCCCCGGGCCCAGCGGCACGUCCCCCACGGGGGAGCCCUCGCCCUGUGCGGGCACCGGGCCGGAGGGCGCAUUGUCCUAUCCCACCCCACUCCUGACGGCACCCGGGGAGGCCUCGGGCGACCCCAGACAUGCCGGCGGGGAGGACGACACCUGGGGUUCCAAGAAGAGCAAGCCCGACUGCGGGCCCUUCUCGCGGCCGAGCCCCGGGGAGCCCGGCCUCCAGGACGCCCACCAGCCCGGUGGCCUCCCGGACGACGCUGCACCGCUCUUCCGGCAGCUCUUUCUCAAGUCCCAGGAGCCCCUGGUGAGCUGCGAGCAGGUGCAGCUGUUCCAGAUGAUCGCCAAGUCCCCGAGGGUCUUCCCGCAGCUCCCCAGGCCUGAGGGCAAGCAGGCUUCCCUGAAGCCGCCGCCGGGGCCCUGGCAGCAGCUGCCCCCACCGCCGGCCGUCCCUGUUGACUCUCUCCACGCUGGCCCCGGAAACCUGGAGCCAGAGGGGUCCCCGGCCCGCAGGAGGAAAGCCAUGUCUGCCUUCCCCAGAGAGGCCUCCCCGGGGGUCCCCCGACGGGACACCAAGGGAGGACCGAAAAUGGCCACUGCUCGGCCGUCUGUUACAGCGGCUUCACUGGACCCUCCCAGGAACCCGGACAUUUCCUCUCUGGCCAAGCAGCUGAGAUCCGUGAGAGGGACCUUGGACCUGGGGGACAUCUUCUCCCCAGGGGGCCCACAGCAGCCGCAGUCGGGUGGGGAUGAGCCCCUCGGAGCCCUGCUCCCGGGGAAGCGGGCCCAGGUGGAGAAUGGCACGGCUCCGGGGGCCGUGAAAGGUGAGAAGAGCCAGGCCUGUGCCCGGGGCGGAGGCUACCGGCUCUUCUCCGGCAACCCCAGGUCCCAGCGCUUCUCCGGCUUCCGGAAGGAGAAGGUGAAAAUGGAUAUGUGCUGUGUGGCCUCCCCGAGCCAGGUAGCCAUGGCCUCCUUCUCGUCAGCCGGGCCUCCAGCAGACCCCCCCCAGGACUCGAAGUCCAAGCUGACGAUUUUCAGCAGAAUCCAGGGCGGAAAUAUCUCCCGGCUGCCCCAUCCGAUGAGGGAGGAGAACGCGGUAGGCGGAUGGAACCAGCAAAAUGGGGGCCCUGCGGACUGGCCAGAGCCAAGGAGCACCUACGUCUGCAACACCUGCAGCCAGAUGUUUUAUACAGAGAAGGGGCUGAGCAGCCACAUGUGCUUCCACAGCGACCAGUGGCCGUCCCCUCGCGGGCAGCAGGAGCAGCAGGGGUCUGGCACGGACUUUUGCAAGCCACUGAGACAAGUGCCGAGGCCAGGGGGCGACAGGCAGAGUCCCCCAGGAGCUAAGAAGUCCCUGGACCACCCCGCGGCAGCUCCUUUGAUGAUCCCUGUGUCUCCACUGGUGGCCCCAGUGAACCGACCCACCGGGAGCACGGCCAAGGGACAGGACAGAGCCGGGGAAGACAGAGACAGCGAGGAGAGCAGCCAACAGAGGAGGCGGAGGAAGCGCCCCCAGCCCAAGGCGGCGUUCGCGCCCCCUCCGCCUUCUCUGGUCCGGGAGCCCGGCCUGGGAGGCUGUCACCAGAGCUGCCUGCGGUCGCCAGUGUUUCUGGUGGACCGCCUCCUAAAGGGGCUGUUCCAGUGCUCCCCCUACACGCCGCCGCCCAUGCUCAGCCCCAUCCGGGAGGGCUCCGGGCUCUAUUUCAACACGCUCUGCUCCACCUCCACUCACGCCGGGCCCCACAGACUCAUCCACAGCACGCUCGAUCAAGCGGCUGGCUCUUGUAGCAUCUGCAUAAUAAAGGAUGACACCAAGAUCAGCAUUGAACCACACAUCAACAUAGGAAGCCGGUUUCAGGCUGAGAUCCCAGAGCUCCGGGAGAGGCCGCUGGCUAGAAGGGAGGGGCACGUAGCGUCUCUGGUCUGGAAGCCAUGGGGAGACGUGACAACCAACCCGGAAACACAGGACAGAGUGACCGAGCUCUGCAACGUGGCCUGCUCCAGCGUGAUGCCGGGAGGGGGCACCAACCUGGAGCUCGCCCUGCACUGCCUGCACGAGGCCCGGGGCGACGUCCAGGUUGCCCUGGAGACCCUCUUACUCAGAGGACCCCAGAAGCCGCAGACCCACCCACUGGCCGACUACCGCUACACAGGUUCAGACGGCUGGACCCCCAUGGAGAAGAGGCUUUUCAAGAAGGCGUUCUGCGCCCACAAGAAGGACUUUUACUUGAUACACAAGACGAUUCGGACGAAGACGGUAGCCCAGUGUGUUGAGUAUUACUACAUCUGGAAGAAAGCGAUCAGGUUUGACUGCGGCCGAGCCCCAGGGCUGGAAAAGAGGGUCAAGAGAGAGCCAGAGGAGGCAGGCAAGACAGAGGCCAAGGUCACGUGCAGCCCCCGGGAGAGACCCAGCCACCGCCCCACCCCUGAGUUCAAGAUGAAGCCCAAGAGUUACCGGAGAGAGCCCGUUCUCAACUCCAGCCCGAACACCGGCCCCAAGCGGACCCCCGAGGCGCCGGGGAGUGUGGAGGGCCAGGGCGUUUUCCCCUGCAGAGAGUGUGAGAGGGUGUUUGACAAAAUCAAGAGUCGAAACGCCCACAUGAAACGACACCGGCUUCAGGACCACGUGGAGCCCUUUGUCAGGGUGAAGUGGCCGGUGAAGCCCUUCCAGCUGAAGGAGGAGGAGGAGGAGGAGGAGGAGGAGGAGGAGGAGGAGGAGGGGGCUGACAUCGGCCCCCUGCAGUGGUGAUUCCCGGUGGGGGGGGUGCGCUGGGGCCAGGCAGCCUGUGGGUCAGAUCGGGCUCCAGCCCCGCAGCCCUGCCCCUCGGCCUCUCCAGGAGGCCCGGGCUCCCCUCUGCCUGCCCCGCAGCCUCACCGCCCCUCAGCAGCCAGCCCGGCUGGGACACACGGUGGGCACUUGGCAGUAAAGAGUCAGGAGAAGCCCCGGGUCAGCAGACCGCGGCAACAUUCCCGCCGGCUGGGGCCAGAGGCUUCGUGACUCCCCUUGCUUCGGUCCCACGUGUCUGGAGCAGGAGGCCUGUGGCGGGAGCGGGGCACACCUGGGGAGCCCUUCCAUCAUAGCCGCAGUUUUGGGGUUUGCUUACCUUUGUUAGAUAAGGCCAAGACGUAGAGAAUCAGUGGGAAAAUACCUCCAGAUCUCCAGCCUGCUGGGGCCCCCUCCCCAGGGGCGUCUCUCUGCAUUCCAGAUUCAGUCCCUAGUCUUGCAAUGACUGGCACAUUGUUAGUUGGUUGUUUUUUUUUUUUACGU